GCGUGUCGUGCCCACUCUGAUCCGUCCAAAAGUACUCGACAUUCAAGUCCAAGUGCAAUACUUGGCAAACUAUUUAUGAUCUCAACACGUACGUUCAGAUGGAUAUAUGUGGGUCUAUGGACGUUACGGAUAUGCUUUGCGCUUCUUGGAACUGGGUACAUUCACCCGGAUGAACACAUGCAAAAUGGAGAAGUGACCUCCGGUGAUCUCAUACCUUACCAUACCAUCCGUACUUGGGAAUGGUCUGCUGUACUUCCCGUCCGUUCCAUAGUACCGGCAUUUGCGACAACUGGAAUCCCCGUCUGGUUUGCCAAGGUCCUCAGCAAGAAACACUUGAUACAGGGAGUGCAUCCAAUACUACUCUUUCGACUAGAACGGUCCGCCUUCUUGUUCUUAUCCGGGCUGAUCGAUUACAGCUUGAUGAGUUUGGUGCCGACGCCGAGUGCCCGACGCCUUGGUCUUCUGCUUCUGGCGUCGUCUCAUGUCAUGAACACGUUCCAGGUUCGGCCCUUCUCGAAUUCUAUCGAGGCAGUCCUUGUUUCUUUGAGCCUGUUGUUCUUGCGCAAGAUACGUUCGGUAAAGAUGCUGGAUAAGAGUUAUUAUGUCCACUUGCUAGCCAUAACCUUCGUGACUGGUAUAUUCACUCGCCCAACCUUCUUGAUAUUCGGGGCGCCCAUCGCAUUUCAGGUUGCACUUGGAACGUUUAUACAUGCCAGAACUGUGACCAGGUGGCUGCGACUUGUCGUCCCGCCGUUAUUCACUGCAGCAGGGACAUGUACCGCAUUUUUGGUGGUGGACACCCUCUAUUUUCGAGGCACCCUUGACGACAUCGUGGUGACACCUUUUAAUUUUCUCAUGUAUAAUUUCGCGUCCCAAAAUCUGGCAGAACAUGGACUUCAUUCACGCUGGCUCCACGUUUUCGUGAACCUUCCGAUGUUGUUCGGCCCCUGGAUCACUUGGCUAGUAGUGCGCGCGAUUGUGGACAGCGCCACAUUGUUUAAUAAGAAAAAUGACAAAUCAUUUGAAGUCGACGUUCUUCGCCCGACAAUCAUACAAAUGAUCAUUUUGUCAUUGUCUGUCCUAUCUGUGCAACCUCAUCAAGAACCUCGCUUCUUGGUGCCUCUUUUGUUGCCUAUUAUUGUCUUGAUAGCAAAUACCGGACAAUUGGCCCAUGUUGGCAAAGCAUUUUGGGUAUCCUGCUCCAUCUUCAACUUCGUGCUUGCGGUUCUAUUUGGAAUUCUACAUCAAGGGGGCGUAGUACCUUCCCUAUUCCACCUCCAUCCCUUGGUUGCUAAUGCUUCCCUCGGCACGCGGACAAACAUAAUCUACUGGAAGACGUACAUGCCACCGCUCCACCUCCUUGGCGUUAACGAACAAGAUGUUGCAACUGGCUUAAUUUCUUUCGUUGAUCUCGCCGGGGCGUCCCAAGAUGAUCUUACUGCAUCCUUCAGUGUCGAUGAUUACGACAGAACAUUUGUUGUGACUCCCGUGGCCAUGCGAUACACGCUACCUGCUGCAAUUACGGGCUGUAUGGAACUAGACCAGACCAUUUUUCCGCAUCUCGAUCUUGACCACAUUUCGGAGAGCAUGGAUGUAGGCGUACUUGACGGCCUUCGUUUAGGGGUGUAUACCUUGUCACGUAACUGUGUCUUUGUUUGAACCACUCAUGGACUUUAGCGAAUUGAGCGGUAAUGCUGAGAGAAUUGACCGUUGGUCUCCAUCUCUUAUAACCAUUCGGC